CUUCACACUAAGGCACGCCUGGGCCUGCCAUUACGGUGUUACAGAGUGUGGGUCCUACCUGACCUCAUACUUGUUGGUUCAAGCACCUUUCGCUCAUUUAUUUCACCUAUGAAAGAGCCUGCUAUGCAGCGUGUGUGCGUGAUUGGAGCAGGUAUCAGUGGCUUGCGGGCUGCAGGCCUGCUCGCCUUGGAGGACUUCGAGGUCACUAUUCUCGAGGCAAGGGGACGUGUUGGUGGUCGUGUUUACCAGUCCUCCCAGCUGGGACCCGCGGUGGAUAUGGGAGCCAGCUGGAUCCAUGGAACACAGGGGAAUCCAUUCGUCGAAUUGGCUGCGUUGUCGGGAACAGCAACAAUUGCCUGUGGAGCUGUAGGCUCCAUAUUCGAUGCGGAGGGUAGCCUCUUGGAGAAACAACACGCGAAGAAAUUCUACGAGAGGGUGUGGGAGAUACUCAAUGAGGCAUCUGAGCACAGCAAAACGCACUACCCCGGCGUACCACCAGAAGCAUCACUGAAGAUGUUUGUGAGUACGAAGCUGGAGCACUGCCCACAAAAGUCGCUUCUUGAGUCGAUAAUUGAGAUGUGGGGAGCAUUUAUGGGCGCAGAUUAUGAGACCCAAAGCCUGAAAAGUCUGUGGCUAGAUGAAGGCGUUGAUGGAGACAAUUUGUUCGUGGCAUCAACAUUCAAGAAGAUAGUGGAACAGGUGGCUGAAAUCGCAAUAUCUCGCGCUGAUCUGCGUCUCAAUGCCGAGGUAAUUCGCAUCGAGCUCAACGAGGGGCUCGAGAAAAGAGGCCGAAAGCACCGAUUGGAGGUGGUGACAAGAGACGGUCAGAUGCAAGGAUUCGACCAGGUUAUCGUCACUGCACCUCUCGGAUGGUUACAAAGAAACCAGCAUGUCUUUAACCCGGAGCUGCCACCGCGACUAUGCCAAGCCAUUAAUGCAACCGGGUACGGAAACCUCGAAAAGAUAUUUAUCCGUUUUCCGAAAGCUUUUUGGGAUGGCGUUGGACAAGCAGCAGGUCAAGGAUCGUUUCCUAUCGAAUCACUCUUUCUGAAACCCAAGUACGCGCCCAAGACGAACCCUCAUCAAUGGCGCCAGGAAAUAAUCUCGUUCUCCGGUCUUCCGGAGCCGCAUGCAAAGCCUGUCAUCAUGUUCUUCACAUACGGCGAGUGGGGACGCCAAAUAUCCAAUCUUAUCAAGGGAAAAGACCACGAGUCACCUGAAUUUUAUGAGAUACUAGACUCUCACUUCCGGCCUUACUACUCUCGUCUGCCAAAUUUUUGUGCGGAGUCUCCUGACUGCAAACCUAUGAAAUUUCUAGCCACUGACUGGCAGAACGACGAGUUCGCGGGCUACGGGUCUUUCACCAAUUUUCCGCUAGGACAGGAGGACGGCGCCAAAGAUCUAGAAGUCCUGCGAGAGGGUUUAGGGACUGAAAGAGGUGUGUGGUUCGCUGGUGAGCACGUGGCGCCUACCAAAGGCAUUGGUACGGUCAUGGGUGCAUAUCAGAGCGGCGAGUAUGUUGCAAAAGCCAUCAUCAAGAUGAUACCCGUGGAAACAUUGCCCAGGAGGAGCUCAAAUGAGGGUACUGUCCGGAAAACGAUGUAG